ACACUUUUAUGAGAGAACCAAAUAAACAUGGCGGACUCCUCUCAGUCAGAAGUGCAUGAAAAUAUUGCAGUACAAGAAACCCACUCUGCCAUGGAAACUAACGAGGCCAUGAAUACUGAUAAUUGUGUCGUAAAGAAAUUAAAUCGUAAUCAAGAAGAAAAAGAAGUUGAUGACACUUUUAAGAUACCAGCUCUUUUUGCAGCACCGUCCCUCGCCAUCAAGCGCGGUGUUACUCCUUCCAAGCCAAUACUCGAACCUCUGGUCGCAGAAGCGCGACCAGAGAAGGAUAAACGCAAAGUUGAAGACGAAAUUCCUCGGGGUCCAAGUUCGAGUUCUAUAAACGAAAGCACGUCUCCAAAUACAGAUCAAGAAGAUGGAGAUAUGGCAUCCGUCCAGGAAAAGGUGGUCGCACCUCUGAAAACCAAGGAAGCGGGACCAAGGAUAUAUCCAGUCAACGGUCCACCUGCUGCUAAAUUCAAGCCUCACCCCCCGAUCCCAUACACAGAGCCAUUGUGGGGAGGAAUUGCGUCAGAGAUUCCGUAUGAACUCGAAAUCUUGAAGAACGGUGCUAUUUUGGACACAUUACCUCUCACACACAGCAGUUACUUCGUAGUCGGUCGUCUACCCGUGUGUGACGUCUCGUUGGAGCAUCCCUCCAUCUCCAGGUAUCACGCGGUCUUGCAGUUCCGGAGCCAGUCUGGAGAAGAAGGCAUUGAGGGCGAGGAGAGAGGAUUCUACAUCCAUGACCUAGGAAGCACACACGGCACCGUUGUGAACAAAAUCAAAAUUCCUCCAAAGACAUACGUCAGAUUGCAUGUAGGCCAUGUGCUAAAGUUUGGCGGGAGCACCAGACUCUUUAUUCUGCAGGGUCCGGAGUUCGACGAGGAGGAGGAGUCGAAGCAUACGGUGACAGAGUUGAAGGAGCGGUCCCGCAAGCAGAGAGCAGAGCUCGAGAAGAGGAUGAUGGGAGAAGGCUCUGAUGAGGAGGAGGAUGAUGAUAAGGACGUCAAGGAGGGAGAGAUGGAGGGGGAAGGAGCAGGCAACAAGAACCUGGGGAAAGGAAAGAAAGGAGAUUCAGGCUGCUCCUGGGGAAUGGCUGAGGAGGCUGCUCCCGAGGAGGACGAGGAUGAGGAGAACCCGUUUGCCACAGAGUUCCAGGAGGACCAGGAGGCAGCCUACCUGAAGGACCCUAAGAAAGCUCUGCAGGGCUUCUAUGACAGAGAAGGAGAGGAGCUGGAGUUUGAAUACGAGGACCAAAACCACGGCGCGUGGCUCUGUAGGAUAAGGCUGCCAGUGGACGAUGCUUCAGGCAAGCAGCUGGUUGCCGAGGUGACCCACACUGGGAAGAAGAAAGACGCAGCCAUCCAGUGCUGCCUGGAGUCCUGUCGCAUCUUGGAGGCCAGGGGCGUGCUGCGCCAGGAAGCCGUGUCCCGCAAGCGUAGGAAGAAGAACUGGGAGGACGAGGACUACUACGGCAGCGACGACGACACCUUCCUGGACCGCACGGGCGCCGUGGAGAAGAAGAGGAAGGAGCGCAUGAAGAAGGCCGGCAAGAUCGCAGAGCGGCCUGAGACGUACGACUCGCUGGUUGCCAAACUGGCAGGUGUGGAGAAAGAGCUGAGCGAGAGCCUGAAAAAGCUCAACGCCGGGGGCAAAGACACCGCGGGCUCCUCCAGCGAGGACCCCCUGGACGCCUUCAUGAGCGCCGUGCGCAGCGAGGCGGCCAUGGACGCGGUGGAGCGCCGGAAGCUCCACGUGCACGUGGCCGACAUGCGCAAGGAGGUGCAGAGGCUCCAGAAGCUGGUGGAGCUCACCAGGCCGGCCCAGCUGCCCUCCCUGCAGCCCAGUUCCUCAGAUCCACUGAAGCCAAAGAAGGCCUUACCAUUGUUUGGGGCCAUGAAGGGAGGCACCAAAUACAAACUGAAGACCGGUACUAUCGGGAAGCUGCCCCCUAAACGCGCCAACCUUCCAGCGGAGCUCUUCAACAUGAAAGGCGGAGGGGUGGAGGAGGAAGAGGAUGACGAGGAGGAGGAGGAGCGAGCUGUGAAACCUCAGGAGAAGAUGGACAGCAGUAAAGACGGCGACGGCGGCUCUCCGGCCCCCGCGGAGCCCCAGGCCGGGUCCCCUGCGCGGGCCGUGGAGGACGAGCAGCCCGCCUCCUCCCUGACCAGCGACGAGCACCGAGACGAGCCGAGGGCAGAGGAGAAGCGACGACCUUCCAUCAGCCCCAAGAUGGCUCCCUCUUCAAGUCCUGCCCCGGGAGAAGGAGGAGAGACAGCGGUGCAGCCCAGUCCAAAGAGGAGUGGCAGAAAGAAAGCGCUGGGACCCAGCAGGCCCCCGGUGACUGGACCGUACCCUGAGGACGACCCCGAUUAUUGUGUCUGGCUGCCUCCCACAGGCCAGAGUGGGGACGGCCGCACCCACCUCAACGAGAAAUUUGGCUACUAGAGGGAGACCCUCGCGACUAAGGCACUUUCUUUCCUCCAUUCAUAUUUUCCACCGUGAACCCAGAGCGAGAGAAUCGUCUGCACUUAGGGAACGCCCGUGGGGUCCACCUCUCGGCCCCCCAGGGGCGGAGAGAAGGGCCUAUUCGAGAUGAUCUUACACCUCAUUAACGGACGCCAAGCAACAUGUCACCGAUUCGCAACCUUAUUUAAAUGAUGUAUGGCGAUAAACGAUUGGGCCUGCGAUCUAUGGACCCUUUCUCGACUCGGUCAAAGCGGGUCGGAAGUCCAGAAAUACUUCAGUGGAUGUUUUGUGCCUGCACGUAGGACAUUGGAAAUGGUGUAAAGCGCUAACCCUUUAAGGGGCCUGUGAGGAACGAGGAAGCGGCGAUCUAGCGUGUUCCACAUCAUCUGUCAUCCCACCCAGGAGCAGGUCAUUCAAACUACUUUAACCCCCCCCAACUUUUUUGUAACAGUCAAAUAACCCCUGGCCACUCUUGAUGUAUAUCACUACCGCUUGGUGUGGUUAGGCAAACAUGCUCCCCCCAUACUGUAUAGUGCCCUAUAGAGUGCAAACGGAGGGCCAUAAAGAACCUUCCUCUAUCUAUAUGGGUACGGCGCUCGUUUGCCAUGAUCUAUAUAACCACACUAGCCUGUUGUAUGCCAUCCAAGAAGCAGGCAGUCCCAUCGUACCGACUGAUCUCUGUUCAGAUUAAAGAGGCUCUCUGCCGCACCCAUUUCAGCUUAAUCCACCUGACAUCCAAUCUGGACCCACACCCCUACUUGGCUGCUCUAGAGGUUUUGGCAUGACCUUUUUUGUUUUUUUAAAGGCGAGUGCAUCAAAGAGAGACAGAAGGGGGGGGAGCGGUGGUAGAUAAAGUGAGCAUUGAAGCAGCUUUUCUGACCAUCUGGACACUUGGAUAGCUUACUAGAUGAAACGCAAGCUGAUAAUGAGUCAAGCUAAGUGUAGUUUAUUCUAUGCGUGUGUGCGUAUGAGUGUACACACACACACACACACACACACACACACACACACACUGCCCAUCUCUGUACGGAGUACUUCUUUUGACAGGAUUGUCUGUAACUGUGACUCAACCUUGUGUGUGUUUGUGUGCGUGGUAUGCUGUCUUAAGGCCAAAUCUAUACACACAACCAUUCUCUUUCCACAGCUUUCUUUUGUUGUAUUUUAUCCAACCACGUCGCAGCCUGCCUCUGAAUUUAAACCAUUGUGAAACCAUGAAAAUAGCUUUUGUAUUUUGUAACCUGUUUAAUAAAUGUCUGUGUAAUUAUGUGUUGAA